AUGGCCAGAUUAAGGUCCUGUUUCUUCCUAGCGCCCUGGACUAAAAGACGCGGCUCUAGGAUGGUCCUCUUCCUCGCCUCCUUCUUCCUGGGACUCUGCAUCCUGAAGGCCCUCCAUCCUGCGCCGGACGAGAGAAUGUCCUUCGCCAGAGCACGCCUUCGACAAGUCCUCGACAGUCUGGAGGACGAAGCUCUCCUCCAGGAUGAGGGGGGCGAGGUGGAGGAUGAGGGGAAGGGGGCGGAGGGGGAGGGGGACCGGAGACAGGAGGAUGAGGAAGCUGAUGAAGCAGACCAGAAGAGAAAUGAAGGGGGUUUUGAGGGAGAUGAGUGGGACCAGGAACAGGAUGGGGCGGAUAAGGAGGAGGAAGAGGGAGGCCGGAAGGACAAGAGGCUCCAGGAAGAGGACGAAGGGUAUCAGGAAGAGGACGAGGAGGACCGAGGGGAGGUCGAGGGGUAUCAGGAGGAUGAGGGAGAUCAGGACGAAGAAAGGGGAGAUGAGGACGUGAACGAGGGUCGGGGGAAAACUGGCGAGGGCGACUUUGAGCGAGAGGAUCGGCGUUAUCUUCCUCUUGGGAAAGCAGGAUUCCCAGAGGAAGAAUCCUACAGGGAUAUUAAACUCGACUUCAAACGGUCAUCGCGAAGACUGUGGCCUGAUGACGGUGAUGAAUUCUGCUCCAGGAUGGACGUGAGAUUCGCCGUCAGGAUGAGCAGCAGCAUCCUCCACUCCUUCCCUCGGUCCGGCAACACCUGGAUGAGGUACCUGAUCGAGGCUGCGUCUGGAAUCUUUACGGGGUCUUGCUACAACGAUAAGACGCUUAUAAGAAGUGGAUUUAAGGGAGAACGAGACAAGAUAUACUGGAAGACGACCAUCACGACCAAAGCCCAUUUUGCGAAACACGUUGGCAAGUUCAAAUAUCUCCCUACCAUUAUAAUCAUACGGAAUCCCGCAAGGUAGGAGUCUGGUCUCUUUUUCGUUU